CCUCACAAUUUUAAUGUACCCCCUCGGAAUUUUCAACACAAACAACUUCGCAGGUAAAGCAGGAUAACAUGGAAGCCAAAAAAAAACACAGAAACUGCUCUGUACCACAGUGUAGCAAGGACAGCAAAAACCUCUUUCUUCUUCCAACAUCCGAACCACAGAAAGGCUUGUGGUUGGAGUUUAUUUAUGCAUCGAAUAUGCCCAAACAACUCCCAAAACGUGUGGUAGUUUGUGGCAAACAUUUUACGGACGAUUGUUUCAACAAUUUGGGACAAUACAAAUGUGGAUUAGCAGGACAUCCUUCACUCAUCCCGGGAUCGAUACCAACUCUCAAUGGAACAGCAAGUAACCACGUAAAAAAGGCGCUUAAAGGACGAGAAUCCGCGUGGGCAGAGUCCACCGCUGAGGUCCAACCCACGGUGAUCACAAGUGAGUCAUCAGACCCCUCUCACGGUGAGCCACGCCUCCAAGUGCGCUCUGCAGCCAGAUUAAAAUUGAAUCCGUGAUGGACUCCGAGUUACAAAUCGGCUUCAUCGGCGCAGGGAACAUGGCUUUCGGCAUCGCCAAGGGUAUCUUGUCUGGUGGGAAUGUUCUUCCUACAAAUGUCAAAGUGAGCGCCCCAUCUUUCAGGAACCUCGGACGCUUUCAGGAGCUGAGCAUCUCCACAACUCACUCCAACGCGGAGGUUGUCUGCAGUUCCAAUAUUAUCUUUGUGGCAGUAAAACCUCAUUUAGUGCCGAUUGUUCUCAGGGAGAUCUCACUCCACAUCACUGACAGGCACACGAUUGUGUCCGUGGCGGCGGGGGUCACCCUGGCAACCUUGGAGGAGCUCCUGCCAGCGGGUUCGUGUGUCAUCAGGUUGAUGCCAAACCUUCCUUGCGUGGUUCUGCAAGGUGCCCUCUUGUUCACACGAGGAACUCACGCCAAAGACGAGCAUGGCGCCCUGUUGUGCUCCUUGUUGCAGCCCUGUGGUUUGGUAGAAGAGGGACCCGAGGCCUGGAUUGAUAUCCACACCGGACUCAGUGGGAGUGGGGUUGCUUUUGUCUACGUGUUUGCGGAGGCCUUGGCGGAAGGAGCUGUUAAAAUGGGCAUGCCCUCCGCUCUAGCCCAAAGAAUCGCAGCUCAGACUGUUCUGGGUGCCGGCCAAUUGUUACUCGAGUCCAAGAAGCAUCCGGCUCAGCUCCGCUCGGAGGUCUGCACCCCGGGUGGGACGACCAUCUACGGGCUUCACGCUCUGGAACAAGGAGGGGUGAGGGCGGCAGCCAUGACCGCGGUGGAGUCUGCGACCGAGAGAGCAAGGGAGCUCGGUCGCAAGUCUGCCGAUCAAAGGAGCAAUAUAUAAUAAUGCUUUAUGGCCUCUUGAAACUCUGUCAAGUCUUAACAGCAAAAUAGCUUUCCUUCUUUGUUAAAAGGUUUAAAAAUGAAACAUUUCUUUUAAC